UUGACAAUUAGGAUAAUCGCUUUCCCAACCUAUGAAUAUAGUCUCGGUCCAACCAUGGCAGACGGUACAAAACGCUCCCAUCCAACAUUUGCGCUGAAUUGGAAACGUUACAUGUCGGAAUGCUGCUCGAACACCAGUUUGCACGGCUUUAAAUUCUUGGGCGAGCGAAAUCGCAGCAUCUUCGAAAGGUUGUUGUGGCUCCUCACGCUCGUCAUUUGUAUAUUCUUCUGCGUUAUUAACAUACUGGAAGCUUACCACAAGUGGCAAACGUCCCCAGUUGUCGUUUCAUUUGCUACAACCGAGACACCAGUGUGGGAGAUUCCGUUCCCAGCAGUUACUAUUUGCCCGGAAGUGAAGACGGAAAAAGACAUUGCUAAUUAUACAGAUUUAGUACUGAAAAUUACAAGAGGGGAGCAACUCAGUGACAAACAAAAGAAACUUCUUAGGUACAUGUCUAUGGUGUGCUCAAACGAUUGGCCGGGUAAUGUCGAUGAGAACGAUGACAAUCUAACUGAAGAUCUCUAUGAGUUCCUUUUCAGCGUGCAGCCGAAUGUCGAUCAUACAGUCGUUGAGUGUAGUUGGGUUGGAAGAGACUGCACUGACCAGGUUCGAAAGUGGUUCACUCCAAUUAUAACGCCAGAUGGCGUUUGCUUUACUUUUAAUUUAAUGGACAGAAAAGACAUGUUCACCGAUCUUGCGGCGCAGAAUUAUUACAGAAAUCGCAAUGUCCAUCACCAAAGGCGGUCCAAUUGGACUUGGGAGAGGGGAUACAGUGAUAAGAACGACUACGAUGAGAUGCCGCGUCGAACUUUCAUGCCGGGAAUCCAUGGUGGGCUUCAACUGACGUUCUGGGUUGAAUCGAAGAACUUGGACUACCUCUGCACCGAGGCUUUUCAAGGGUAUAAGGUUAUACUGCACAAUCCCUCCCAAAUUCCGUUUACGCAAGAUCACUACUUCCGCGUGGGUCUCAACCAAGCCCUUGUCGCGGCAGUCAAACCAACGAUUGUGAAAACCUCAAGGCAGCUUGCAGAAUAUCACCCCGACAGUAGAGAGUGCUACUUCGCCGACGAAAAGCGAUUGAUGUUCUUCAAAAGCUACGACCAAUUUAACUGUGUUCACGAGUGCCUCUCGAACUACACAUUUCGCUAUUGUGGAUGCGUGUCCUUCGAAAUGCCACGCCUUAAUUCCACGCCGAUUUGUGGUCGCUUAAAAAGGGGUUGCGUGACCCGGGCUGCAGGUGCGUUGUUUGCGGUGGAAAAUAACUCGAGCGAGCCAACCGACGGAUCCGACUUUGUGGAGAUGUGCGACUGCCGACAGACGUGCAACUCCAUCCACUACGAAACGGAAAUUUCCCAAACGGAAUGGAGGUGGCAACAAAUGGAGUCGAUACUGUCCAAAAACGGGUCGCAAAAAAAAAUGACCGACGAGUAUUCCAAAGUUCAGAUCUUCUUCAGGGAUUUACAGUUUAUUACGUCGGAAAGGAACGAGCUUUACGGACUGAUGGAUUUCCUAUCGAGCUGUGGUGGAUUGUUUGGACUGUUCAUGGGGUUCUCCUUCAUCUCGCUCGUUGAGAUUGCUUACUUCGUUAGCGUCCGGUUGUGGUGCAAUUACAAAAAGCAUGGAUCUCAUUAUUGGUCCGGCGAUGCGGAAUUACUACAGCUGAAGAUAGAAUGAUCCGUUUUUGGUGUGCUAUACAAGAGGGUACUCGGGAACGAGUGAAUCACAAGUGAAUUUACCUGAGCUUCUGUUUUGCACUUACUUCGCGUGGAUCUCCAUUAAUGC